AUGGGUUGCGAUUCUAAAAGAAGGCGUAGAGAGGAUGUGGGUGACACAACGAUUUCAUCAUCCAAGAAGCAAAAGCUGAUGCCGAUGACAGGUUUGGAGCAGACCCAAAAGCUUCUUUGUUGCGGGAUCUUGCAGGAGCUAAUUGAUCACCGUCAUGGCUCUGUGGCUGUUCGAAUCCCUGAUUCUCAGGAGGUUCGAAGGCCUAUGGAUCUGUCCACCGUCAAAUCCAAGUUGGAGAGAGACAACUACUCCAGUAUUGAUGCCUUUGUGGCCGAUGUCAAGCUUACCUUCCAAAACGCGUUAUGGUAUUACUCUCUUGGAGAAAAACAGCAUGCAAUGGCCAAGAAUCUUGGUAAGGUUUUUGAGGCUAAGUGGAAAUUACGGUUUCCUGAAACUAGGUCUUCAACCUUGAAAGCUUCUUGUGCUACUUUGGAUAGGUCUGUGUCUCUUAUUAGUCCAUUAAGUCUUCAACAACUCAACAACAACAAAAGAGGAGGAGGGGCCAAGAGGUCAUCCAGAAACCUUGACGAACAGAAGGGUUCUGCUUCUGCUAUCACUUGUGCAGUGGAUUGUGCAGUGGAUAAAGAUAAGGAACACCGAAUCAAGCGCGGCCUUGACGAAGAGAAGGGUUCUGCUUCUGCUAUCACUUGUGCAGUGAAUAAAUAUAAGGAGCUCCGAAUCAAACGGCUAAGGGAACAGGCUCGUAAGGAAAUUUUGAGGGUUGAAGAGGCUGCUCGAUUGAAAGUCGAGAAUCCUUUACAAGAUCUUCAACAACUCAACUUGUUGUGCACUGGUGGCAUCAAACAGGAUUCUUGUUACAGGGUGUAUCGUUGGUUGACACUUGACAAGUUGGGCAUCUAUUUGAAGAGGGAUGAACUUGAACAUGUUUAUGAAGAGGAUGAAUUUCGCAUUGGAGAUUGGGAAGAUGGUGAAAUCCGUUGA